GUCUGGACUGUCGGUUGGAGGUGGGAGAAAGCACACUCAAAUGAGAGCAAGCAAAACCAAGAAAAGUUGUUGGUGGUGAGUCAGUAGCUCAUGUAACCAGCAAGCCCACACUGGGUCCGGGGGUACAGACGGUGCCCUCAGGCUCUCUCUCUCGCCACCUCCCAGCUGGACGCCCGAUGCUGUUCUCAGGCUCUCUUUGCAGUGGUGGCCAGCAGCCUCAGGCCAACAGUCCUUAUGGUUCUUGAUUCCGGGGAAUCUUUCCUGGUAACUCUGGCCAAGGUCCUAGGACUCUGAUGGGCCUGCUUGGCCAAGUGCCUGCCCUGGGGUCAGGGGAGGUCAACUCCCCUACCCCACUUACUGGCAGGAGAUGGAUGGCUCCCCAGAGUGUGGGGUGCCGGGUAGGAGGAUCUGUUUUCUCUGCAACCACAUGUGUGUUUGACCUCAUUGUCCCCCUCACACGGGAAGCCCCUAAAAGCCCCUAUGAGGAUAGUCUCGGUGCUGCCUGAGCCUGGAAGUUAUUGACAUCAGUUUGGACAAUGCCCGUUUCUGUGAUAAAGGGGGGUGUAUCCUCUAAGCCUCAGGCAUCCCCUCACCCACCCUGGGGGUCUGGGAAGCCACUGUGGAGAGCCUCUGCAGGCAGAGCUGGAAAUGCUGCACAGCCUGUCCCCUCUGGGUCAGCCAGAGCGAGGACCAGCUCUGCUUGUGGUGGGGGGUGGGUGGAGGGGAUUGUGUUUCUCCACCUAGACCCUGCUGAGGACCCCUGGGACAAACCUCGAUAACAGUCUGGCUGGGACAGCUGAGUCCCUUUUCCUGACCACUAGCUCCAGCGACAGGCUUUCCCGGGAAUGUGUGUCCACAUCCUGUGUCCUCACAGGAGGAAGGGGCGAAAGGCCCAGGAGCUGCUAAGAGCUCCGACAGAGUUUAUGUACAUCCUUGGGAUUUGCCUCAUAAUCGAGCUCGUUGGUGGCGUGGUGGCCCUGAUCUUCCGGAACCAGACCAUCGACUUUCUGAAUGACAACAUUCGAAGAGGCAUCGAGAACUACUAUGACGAUCUGGACUUCAAAAACAUCAUGGACUUUGUUCAGAAGGAGUUUAAGUGCUGUGGCGGAGAAGACUACCGAGAUUGGAGCAAAAACCAGUACCACGACUGCAGUGCCCCCGGACCCCUGGCCUGCGGGGUGCCCUACACCUGCUGCUUCAGAAACACGAAGUUGUCAACACCAUGUGCGGCUACAGAACUAUUGACAAGGAGGGAGCGGUACCGCCUGCUGAGACCCAGUGAUCUAGAGCCACCUUCUCAUCACAUUGCAUACGAGAAACUGAGGCCCAGAGAGGCUGAGGGACUCGCCUGGACCUGGGGUGAGUGGCAGAGUUGGGACCAGGGCUCCCAGGCGAGUGCUCAGCCAGGCUCCUCCCCGGCAGCGCCUCAGCGUGCAGAAUGUCAUCUACGUGCGGGGCUGCACCAACGCCGUGCUCAUCUGGUUCAUGGACAACUACACCAUCAUGGCGGGCCUCCUGCUAGGCAUCCUGCUCCCCCAGUUCCUGGGGGUGCUGCUGACAUUCCUGUACAUCACCCGGGUGGAGGACAUCAUCACGGAGCACUCUGUCACCGACGGGCUCCUGGGACCCAGCACCAAACCCAGCGUGGAGGCAGCAGGCGCGGGGUGCUGCAUGUGCUACCCCAAUUAGGGCCGUGGCCUGGGGCGGCAGCUCCAGAAGGACCGUGACAGGACAUCUCUGCGCAGGCCACGUCGUGGGGGCCAGAUAGGACUGUGGCCCCUCUCUCCACAUUCAGCACUGACCAAAGCCAUGGCUGUGUUUGCUCAGGGCUCCCAGGCCACCGCCUGUCUGGGGGGCGGAGCCCCUCCCCAGCUGCGGAAUUCUGUGCGUGCCCACCCUGCUGGGCGUGGGGAACAGGGCACCCCUCCUCCAGGCUCCGGCUGCUGGGGAAGGGGGAGCUUGGCGCUGGGCUCCGAACCCAUUUCAUUUCUGGUAGUGCCUUGGCCUUGGUGUUUGUGCCCCUUUGAGGGCAGUUUUGUAGUGAUUUGUAAUCGGGGAGGGAGGAGAGCAUGUGUGCCCCGAGGUGAAGGAGCAGAGGGGUGGGGUGCAGACCCCAGGCCCCAGUCCUUCGGCCUCACCCUGAGGCCAUGUUGGGUCCGUUUCUCAGCCUCCCGGGUACCUUGAGACCACCCCAGGGCUGCUGCUUUGUUGACCCUGUUUUGUACCUGAUUUUAUAACAUUCAUUUUGUACACAGUUAACAGGAGUUUCCGACUAAUCAAGGCUAGCUGUAUUCAAAGCCCCAUUCCUCUUCCCCCUCCAAGCCAGUUUAUUAAUCAGACAAUAAAGACAUGAUUUUUUUUUUU